AUGAGCAAGCCCUGGCAUCCCUCUGCUCGUGUUCUCCUUGUGCUUUUGGCCUUUGUCUGCCUGCUCAGCGCCGUCCACUGUACCCUGACCGUGACGCCGUGGGAACAAUCUGCCCGGUUGGGGUCAGACGCUCAAUUCAUCUGCAGCGAUGACGGCAACGAGACAAAAGCCAUGUUUCUCACCUGGAGUUUUGUAGUGGCCACAGACAACAAUACCAACCGACCUAUCCCCAGCACUGGUCUUAUUCAGGCCGUGAACGGAACUUUGAGGUUGAGCAACGUGACGUACCAAGACGCGGGGACCUACAAGUGUUCCAACGAUGCCCGAUCUGAGCCUGCCACGGGAGUUCUCAUUGUGUACGUCAUGCCGGACUAUCUCAAAGAGGGACUUGUUAUCGCUGGCAUAUCUGUGUUCCUGCUGAUCGUUGUACUCAUCGGCACGGGUGUUAUGAUCUUUGGGCAGGUGAAGGUGAAAAAAGCCAGGCUUUCUGAACAAGAAAAACGGUUGCUGAAGAAAGCCAACAAUUUACACACGUAG